GCUCUUCCUCCCAACGCCGUCACUGUAUUUCUCUACUGCAGUUCAGUGACUAUAUUCUUCGCAAUAAUCAAACUGGUCAGCUACCGCCUCCACCUCAUGUUCGAUGAAGGAGAAGCGAUUCAGCGGAGGCCCUCCGGAAAGAAAGAGAAGCCCAACAAACACAGAGAGACCCACAGCGAACACACACCGAACCACAAAACCCCGAGCAAUAACCAGCUGACUAGCAAUGGCAAGAAGGGAGAGGCCGACCGGAGCUGCUGCACGCCCCCCCCUGCGCUGCGGCUCCCAGGGACAGAACUCCGGCUCUCACCGCUCCUCCGGGCUGCUGGAGUUGCCGGCACAGGAAACAGUGGAAGAUCUCAAAGGUGUCGUCCUGGCAGAAGACCAGCCUGCGGCACCCGUGUCACCCACCCCACCUGGCGUCAAAACGGACAGCUCCCCUCCUUCUAGAGCCCCCGUGCCGGGAGCCGGGACCCUGCCAGCCGUCCCAGCGAA